AAGGCGAGCAGGGGUCGUGGGACGGCCUGUCCUACGAGUGUCGUUCGCUGUUGUUCAAAGCGCUCCAUAACCUCAUUGAAAGAUGUCUCCUGUCGCGGGACUUCGUGAGGCUCGGCAAGUGGUUUGUGCAACCGUACGACGGCGACGAGGAGGAUGUCGGCAAGAGUCCAUGGCACCUGUCGUUCUCGUUCGCGUUCUUCCUCCACGGCGAGAGCACGGUGUGCGCGUCUGUGGACGUGCGCCAGCAUCCGCCCGUGCGCACGCUCACCGCCAAGCGGCUCGCCAAGAUCAACUCGCCGGACCACAACGGAGAUGCUAAGGUGAUCCUGGCGCCGUUCGGGCUGGAGGGGCGGCUGACGGGGCGCGAGUGGGGCGAGGCGGACGCCGCCACCGCGCGCCUGCUCGACGCCUGGCGACAUCUCUACCCGCUCGAGCAGGGCUGCGGCGCCGUCGAGGUGGUGUGCGGCGGGUCGCGCAUGCAUUACCCGAGCCCGUACGCGCUGGUGACGGACAUGGAGCCGGGCGCGCGCGCGCCGCCGCCGCGCAUGGCGCCGCGCGCGCUCACCGCGCUCACCACGCCCGCGCCGCACCAGAGUGCGGAAUUGUGCUUCAGCGACCCAGCCGCCGAUAAGAACGAUGACUUCGUCGACCCCACCCGCAAAACACCCUGUACCUGUACCAAAUUCCUUCGUCGCGACCGAUGCAGACUCUUGUCACACUUUGAUAUCUCUUACUUGGGCUCGCCGGCGGGGCUAGCGUUGUGUGGGUGCAGGUGGCGGCGGCGCCGCGCCCCCCGCCCCUUCCACCGCCGCGCCGCUCCCGCGCGCCUGCGCCACCACGCGCCGCCCCCGCCGCCCGCGCCCACCCGAGGGUCGCUGGUGGCGGGCGCGCUGGCGGGCGGCGGCGGCGCGGGGUCGCCGGGCUCGUGCGCCGGCUCGCCCGCGCCCGGGGCCUCCGCGCCGCCCUCCGCCGGGCCGCCGCCGCCCUCGCCCGGACACCACGCCGCGCAGGGACAGCACCAGACCACGGGCGCGGUGCCGACGACGCUGCACACGCCGGCGCCCACGCCUGACCCGCAUGCACCGCCAACUCCGGCGCCGCCAUCCUUGCCGCCGCCCAAGCUGUACAACCAGGGCGAGUCCCCGGGCUGGUCGGGCUGGUCGGGGUGGGGCGGCGAGCCCCCCGAGGCGGCGCGCCGGCCCGUGCUGCCGCGCGCGCCGCGCCGCCCCGACCCGCUCGAGGACGAGACCGCGCUGCGCAUGCUCUACGACUACACCACCGUCUACGCAUGGUUGGAACACCCUGUGAAACGUUUCAAAAGCGAAGAGAACUGCUUUCGCGAGGAGCUGGCGCUAGGCGUGGCUGCCGGCGAGGAUCUGUACGCGGGCCACGACCACACCAGCAUGGCGGUCAUGCUCGACCACGCCAAGGUCGAGAUCAAGCAGGAGCGGCAAGACCAUACGGAGGACACAAAAGAGUACAAGAAUCUGUUCACAUCGGACGGGCUGUGCGCGACGUUCAAGGACCUCGACCAGAUAUUCGACAACUCGGACGACGCGGCCAGCGGUGAUGAGACGGUAAGACUUAUGCAGGUGGCGUGCGGCGAGGAGUCUCGCUGGGCGGGCCGGUGCGUCCGCGCGGAGGAGCUCAGCAAGAUGUUCCCCACGCCGCCCAGCAUGGAGGCGCACGCGCAGCCCUCGCCCGGCUUCAGCCUGCCCGACGACGUGCCGCCGCCGCGACACCUGCCGCCCGCCGGCUCCCCACCACCGGACGCCGCCAUCGAGGACUGGUCGUUCGUAUUCAAACCACCGACUGUGUACAAGUACGUGGGCUCGUCGAAGUACGCGCCGCUGACGACGUUGCCGAGUCAGCUGCUGCCGCCGGUGACGCUGCCGCCGCAGGCCGUGUACCGGCCGCGCUGCCACCGCGAGCAGGGCAAGCGCGACGCAGACACCGACACCGACUCGCAUCGGAACGGUGUGAAACGGUCCGCGUCUCCCGCGAGCGAGUCCCGGGAGGGGUCGGUCGCGGCGCGGGUGCGAGGGCGCGAGCGCGGAUCGCCCGCGCCGACGCCGGGCCCGGGCGCCGUGGCCGUGCCCGCCCCCUCCGCCGCACCCGCCGCGCCCCGCCCCGCGCACUCCGCCUGCCCGCUUCUGCUCAACGUGCUGCUGGCCGACACCGUGCUCAACGUCUUCCGCGAUCACAACUUCGACAGCUGCACGCUCUGCGUCUGCAACGCCGGACCCAGGGUGGUGGGCAACAUCCGCGGCGGCGACGCUUCCACGUACCUGAGCCCUCUGCCAGUGGAGGGCGGCGGUGAGGGAAGAGGAGUGAAGAGUGGCGGCGUGGACGACGAGCCCGCGCGCUGCACUUGCGGCUUCAGCGCCGUCGUCAACCGACGCCUCGCCCAUCGCGCCGGACUUUUCUAUGAGGAUGAAAUGGAGAUAACUGGCGUGGCGGAGGAGCCGGGAGGGGCGGGCGGCGGCGGCGGCGGCGGGCUGAAGCGACGUGGCGGGCGUGGUGGUGGCGCAGUGCGCGGCGCUGGCAGGCAACAACGCGUCCGCGCUCGCCCGCACCGCCGCGCGCCCUCCACACAACGCACCGCGCACGACGACCUGCGACUCAACCUGCUCGAAUACUCUGACGGCGGCAGUGCGGCGGCGCGUGCGCUGCGUGCGGCGCGCACGGGGUCGCUGGGCGGCGCCACGCCUACGCCUGCACCCGCGCCCGCCAACAGCAGCGCCGUACAUCGCUGGCCUUUUAUCAGCGCCCGCGCGCCGCGCUCUUCCAGGGACGUCGUCAGAUUAAUGCGUCGACUCCGGCCGCUGCGGGACGCGAUACAAAAACGGUGCUGCGGCGCGCGAAUGUGGGACGGUGUCACCGGCCCGCUCACCUGGCGGCAGUUCCACCGACUGGCCGGCCGCGGCAAUGAGGACCUGUGCGAGCCGCAGCCAGUGCCGCCACUGCUUGUCGGACACGACCGCGACUGGGUCUCACUGUCUCCGUACGCGCUGCGUCAUUGGGAACGGCUCGCGUUAGAACCAUACUCGUACGCGCGUGAUGUCGCCUUCGUCGUGGUCGGCGCCGACUGCGACGCACUCCAAGAUCCACUACGCAUGUUCUUCCGUGAACUCUCUACCGCGUACGAAGCCUGCCGGCUCGGACGUCACAGGCCUGUGGGUCGCAUCGCAAGAGACGGCAUUGUUCGAGCUCCUGCCUCAGGUGGUUCGGCAACAAGGGACGAAUGGGCUGGCGACCUGCCCGGACGGCUCGGCGAGUAUGUGCGGGCGUACGCGGAGGCGUUGCGCAAUGUGGUGCCUCAGCUGGCGGCGUUGCCGGUAGACCGGACGCUGUUCGAGGGCACGGGCGGGUCGUCCCCCGCGCGGGCGGAGGGCUCGGCGUCGCCCACGCCGGAGCACGAGCCGGAGCCGGCGAUCGGCGCGCCACAGUCGAGCACGGCGCUGUGCGAUGCGGACGAAAGCGGGCCGCCGGCGUUGGUGCUGUACCUGGUGGAGCCGCCCGCCGCGCCCGCGGACCGCGCGCGUGCUCUGCACUGCCUGCUGCGGCUCGCCGCCACCACACACACGCAUCUGAUGCACCACAAUCCACUCAUCAAGAUCGUGUCGCUGGAGAGCGUGUGCGAGGUGUGGGGCAUGGGCGGCACCGAGGAGUGCGCGGCGGCGGGCGGGGCGGGCGGCGUGGCGGGCGGCGCGGGCGGUGCGGGGGCGCGGGAGGUGCGCGCGCUGGCGUUCAGUGUGUUCAGCGGCGCGCGGCGACUGCUGGCGCACCACGCCAACGGCAAGUCGCUCACCGGCUUCGGCACCGCCGCGCACGCCAACCUCUUCCUGCACUCCAAGGACGAGAAGAACCGCGCGGCGUACAAGCUGUUCUCGCCGGCGUGGGUGCUGGCGGCGCCUCGCGCGCUGAAGGAGGUGGCGGAGACGUGGGGGCAGGGCGCCGGCGAGGGCGCCGUGCUGUUCGUGUCCUACUGCCUGUCGCACGACCAGCGCUGGCUGCUGGCCGCCGCCACCGACGCCCGCGGCGAGCUGCUCGACACGGCCGCCAUCAACAUACACGUGCCGCACCGCUCGCGCCGGAGACGCAACGGGCCCGCGCGCCGCAUGGGCCUCACCAAGCUCAUGGACUUCACGCUCGGCGUCAUGAGCCAGGCCGCGCAGCCCUGGCGCCUCGUCGUCGGACGCGUCGGACGGAUCGGACACGGCGAACUCAAGGGCUGGAGCUGGCUACUGUCGCGCAAACACCUAGACCGCGCGUCGAACAUGCUGCGCGAGAUUUGCGGCAGCUGCUCGGUGCUGUACCCGACGCACGUCCCAUGCAUCCUGUCUGCGUGCCUGGUCUCCACUGAGCCGGACUCGUGUCUGCGACUCAUGGCUGAUCGGUUUACGCCCGAUGAGCGGUUCUCACAGGCUUCCAUACAGUCGCACCUGCACACGCCGCGUGAUGUGACGGCCACGCAUAUACUCGUCUUCCCGACCUCAGCCACCACGCAGUCAAACCAGAUGCCAUUCGAGCCGCCGAUGGCGAACGGCGAGGACAACGACAUGAUGUUCCUGAACGUGGACAUGGGCGACGAGGACAUGGCCGAUGACAACAUCAACGACUUGCUAAUCGGUGAUAUGUUCAAUAACAUGUGGGCGCCGAACUCGCCGCGGCGUGCCGACGACGAGCCGGGCGGCUCCCCUGCGCCUGCGCACCAUCCCGCGCACCAUCACCAGGCGCACGAGGGACAGCAGGAGCAGGUGGGCACAGUAUUCCAACAACCGCUGGCGCUCGGGUACCUGGUGUCGACGGCGCCGCUGGGCGCGAUGCCGGGCUGGUGGUGGGCGGGCUGCGGCCACCUGCGCGACGCGUGUCCCGCCUUCCUCAAGAACGCGCUGCAUCUCCACUCCGUGCACGCCGCCGACGACUUCACCUCGCUCACGCAGCGCCGCGACCACAACACGCACCCGCUCGACUCGCAGACCACCACCGAUGUCCUCAGAUAUGUGCUGGAGGGGUACAACGCGUUGUCAUGGCUCGCCUUAGACGGGAACACGCACGAUCUCUCCUGCCUGCCGCCGCUGCACGUGCAGGUCCUCAUGCAGCUGUACCACACGGCGGCGGCGCUGGGCUAAACUCCAGCGCAUUCAUUACUACAGGAACAGUCGACCAAUGGGACCACGUGGUCACCUUCAAAACCAACAACGGAGUUGCGGCUACCAUCAGGGAAGUUUGUAUCGAAGCUGAAGAGAGACCCGUCUC